CAGAGCGGAAGAGCUCGUUGUGUGUUUUGGUUCUAAGGGGAAGUUGCCAGAAGAAAGAAAGGAGGAGACGUGACGGGAUUGUUGAAAUUGUUUUCUCGGCUCCCCGUACCAAUCUCACCGCAGUGCCCCGGAUUCCGUGUGUAUUACACACCAAAGUGGUGGGAGUAAAAGUUCCCCCCAUCGUCUGGCUCUCAGCGGACGCCCAGGUCGUAAAGUUUGGCCCACAGGAUAGCAGAGGAUCUGAUUAGGCCAUGGCCAGCAGAGGAGGAGCUACAAGACCCAAUGGACCCAACGCAGGAAACAAGAUCUGUCAGUUCAAGCUGGUGCUGUUGGGGGAAUCAGCCGUUGGGAAGUCCAGCUUAGUGCUUCGCUUUGUCAAGGGCCAGUUCCACGAAUUCCAAGAAAGCACAAUAGGAGCGGCUUUUCUCACCCAGACAGUGUGUCUAGAUGACACGACGGUGAAGUUUGAAAUCUGGGACACCGCAGGUCAGGAGCGGUACCACAGUUUGGCGCCCAUGUAUUACAGAGGAGCACAAGCCGCCAUCGUGGUCUACGACAUCACAAACGAGGAGUCCUUUGCGCGGGCAAAGAACUGGGUGAAGGAGCUACAGAGACAAGCUAGUCCUAAUAUAGUCAUCGCUCUGUCAGGAAAUAAAGCCGACCUGGCCUCCAAGAGAGCUGUGGAUUUUCAGGAUGCUCAAUCAUACGCAGACGACAACAGCCUACUUUUCAUGGAGACAUCAGCCAAGACAUCUAUGAAUGUGAAUGAGAUAUUUAUGGCUAUUGCAAAGAAAUUGCCAAAAAAUGAGCCUCAAGCUCCAGGAGCUAACAGCGGUCGGACCCGGGGAGUUGACCUGACGGAAGCUGCUCAGCCAGCCAAGGCUCCGUGCUGCUCUACCUAAAAUGAAGAACACUCCCUGACCUGUAAACUAGUAACUAAUGUGGCCGACGCCCCAGAUGCCACUGCAGCUACUAAAGCAACGUGUACCCUUUGUUUGAAACAGAAAAAGAUGCCCUGUAUCCUCCCUCACACUUUAUUUCUUUGUAUCUCGGUAGCAAAGUCAGUGCCAUUUCACUGAUGUCUUUGGGGCUCUGCCUCUUCCAUUAAGGUUCUGCUGGUACCUUGAAGACACCUCCUAACCACUCUCUUUUACUUUACACCUUCCGGCUGAUUGAUGGAUCAGCGAUCAGAUAUUAGAAACGUCGGCCCAUCCAACAUCUUUGAUAGGAGUUCAGUUUUGAGGAAAGGGGGGGUCACUUCCCUUUUCUGGAAACUACUGCUCUUAUUUCCACCACUCUUCUGCUUUUGGUCAUUUUUGGUAGAUUUUUUUUGUUGUUGUUGUCGUUAUUGGUUAUUUAGAAUAUUUUUCUUUAAGCCGUCAUUGCACAUACGUGUGUAUUUACGUGGGUGAAAAAAAAGAGAAGAAAAUCAAACUGUGUUUUACUUUUGGUCUAUAGUAUCACAAACAAAGCGACAAAAGUUGGAGACAAAGAACCAUUUUUUUGUGGCUCUGAGAAAAGGAAAGACGUUGAGUAGAAAGUCAAAGAGGAACCCUGAGAUCUGUGUCCCUCUCAUGUCUUCAGAACCUUUUCUUCAAAGUUUAAAAGAAACUUUUAAACUCUUGAUUCCCUCAGGCUUUCCCUUCAUUAUUUUAGAAUUAGAGCGUAUGUUGUAUAUUUUUCUACCUGUAGUCUCCUCCGAGGGACUGUGCCUGCUUUGUUUUUGCCUCGCUGUGGCAUUGUAUCAUGUUUUGCAGUAUUCCUUAAAGCAUCGAGUGUCUGCAAGAACCAUUGCAACACUUGACAGCCCCCUCCAUCCCCUCAGCCAGAGGCCUCUAAGGUACACAUCAGCAACCGCUCAUCUCUCGUAUGUCGUCUCCUUUCGUUAAUCCCUUGUCAGCCAUCAAACUGGGUUUGGAUGAUUUUGUUUAUGCAAAGAGCUUUUUUUUUUUCCUUCAUUAUGUCAGUGUUGCUUGACCGCUGCAGGGUUUGCACAGGGUAAAGAAAAACAAAAAAACAAAAAAAAAAAGCAAAGGUGGUGGUUGUGAGUGGGAUGCUGCAAUAUGUGAGGUCUCUUCAUGUUUAAAGUGGAAUUCUAAUUAUUUCACACGUGGAUUAGGAAGUGCUUUAGACACGUUGGUGUGUCGGUAUAUUCGAACUUUGCCUGGGCUGGCUGGUGACUGAUUUCAACUGUAGACUUAUAGUCACAUGCACAUUACACACACUUGCACAAUGGAGCACACACUCACUCUGCAGUUCGUAGACACACAGUCUGUUACACCUCAUUCAUACCAAUGUUAAGCACAUUAUUUGUGUUUUUCUAUGUCCCCACAUGUUACACACACAUAUUUGCACACACAUACACAUUAGCUAUCUAGACUUUUUCUUGUCAAUAACUUUUUUACUGGUCUUACUCAUGCCUUGCACUAAUGAUGCUUAUGAAUUUGUGUUGUCAUAAUCUCAGUCAGUGUGUUAUAAAUAUAUACAUAAUAUAAAUAUAUAAAUAAUAUACUGUAAAUAUGGUGUUGCGGUGUAGUCUACUUUUUUUCCUGAUUUUUUUUUUUUCUUUUUUUUCUAGUGACUAAUGCUUGCUAGGGAGUUAUCUAGAUAAUCAUUAGGGGUUUAAAAAAAACUGUACAGAUAGCAGGAAAACAGCUACAGUUUGGGUUUGGAGUUUUGCUGUUUCUUUUCACAAAAAAUGGUUAAAUUAUAAUCAGUGGUGGUCUAUAUUAAUGUAUGUAGUGUUAUUAACAAAAGUAAAAAAAAUAAAUAAAAUUGCAUUUAUUUACACUUCUAAAAUGUUAUACCCAAGCAUAUUAGAUUCUGUUUGUUAAAAAUGACCUUUCUGUU